AUGUUGGUUUGUAUUCAGGGCGUUUCAUCCGGCCAUGUUGCGUAUUCUGUUUCUGAGGAGGUGAUUCCAGGGACAGUUGUUGGAAAUUUAGCCAAGGACUUGAGUCUGAAUGUUGCUGAUUUGGAGUCGCGUCGGCUUCACAUCGUAUCCGGUUCGUUGGUGAAACAUUUCGAUGUGGAUGUAAAAACUGGGGCUCUGUUCGUAUUGGAGCCGAUAGACAGAGAGCAGCUCUGUCCAAACAUGGACACUUGUACAGAGACUCUGGAAGCGAUUAUUAAUAAUCCUUUGCAGAUGCACAGCGUGGAGGUAAAAAUACUCGAUAUUAACGAUCACUCGCCGAUAUUUCCCGGGAAAUCACAGACUAUAAAUAUUGCAGAAUCUGUAAUGCUCGGAGCUAAAUUUCCUCUACUUGGUGCUGAAGAUCCAGACAUUGGAAGCAACUCGAUCAGUUCAUACAAACUGUCCCAGAAUGUUUUUUUCAGCUUGGAGGUUCACACAGACGCUGACCAAGGUCCUUCCGCCGAGCUCGUGCUGAUGAAAAACCUUGACCGGGAAAAACAAUCCGUCAUCCGGCUUGUGCUGACUGCACUUGACGCUGGCAAACCACCACGAUCUGGUACAACAGAAAUUAUUGUGAAUAUUUUAGAUGCGAAUGAUAACGCGCCUGUGUUUUCUAAAACUGUGUAUAAAGUUUUGGUUCAAGAAAAUGUUAUUGCCGGGACGUCGGUUUUAAAGCUAAAUGCUACCGAUCUCGAUGAAGGCGUCAAUAGUGAGCUGAUAUAUUCCUUUAAACAAGGUCAGAAAGGAAUAUCUGAUAAAUUCGCGAUUGAUGCGAGUACAGGGGAAAUCUCAGUAACAGGAUUUUUAGAUUAUGAGACCACAAACGCGUACGAAAUUCGUGUUGAAGCCCGAGAUGGAGGUGCGACACCACUCACAGCUCAUUCUAAGGUCCUAGUGGAGGUAGGGGAUGUGAACGAUAACGCGCCGGAUAUUAAGCUCUCAUCUCUUUUGGACAACGUGCGAGAAGACGCCAAGAAAGGGACCGUGAUUGCAUUAAUCACAGUUCAGGACAAGGAUGGAGGUAACAAUGGGAAAGUGCGCUGUUUCAUAUCUCACAACUCUCCAUUUGUAUUGGAGUCCACACAGGGGAAAUAUUAUUCACUGGUCCUCAAUGACGCGCUCGACAGAGAAGAAAACGCCCUGUAUAAUGUCUCAAUAACAGCCACAGAUGAAGGAGUCCCUCCUCUCUCCAGCACCGCUGUCCUGACUGUCCACAUUUCGGAUGUAAAUGAUAACGCACCCCGUUUCCCUGAAUCUUCUCUGAGUGUUUAUGUUGAAGAGAACAGUCCAGCAGGUGCUCUCAUAGCAAGUGUCUCUGCACAAGAUACCGACUUUGGUGAAAAUGCUCAAAUCACUUAUUCAUUACUGAGCAACUCUAACAUGCUUUUACCUUCAGCUGUCAGCAUCAACUCUGUUACAGGAGAAAUUUACAGCAUGCAGUCUUUCAACUUUGAGGAGAUGAAAAUCUUCCAGUUUAAAGUUCAGGCCAGUGACUCUGGUGUCCCUCCGCUACGUAGUAACGUCACUGUGAACGUUUUUAUCCUGGAUGAGAAUGACAACAGUCCAGUUUUUCUCCCUCCUUAUUCUGAACCCGGCUCAGUAAACACUGAGAACAUUCCCUACUCUGCUGAAGCGGGGUAUUUUGUGGCUAAAGUCAGAGCUGUCGACGCUGAUUCAGGUUAUAAUGCACUAUUAUCUUAUCACAUCACUGAAGCAAAGGGAACGAACCUCUUCCGAAUCGGAACCAGCACAGGAGAAAUAAGGACUAAAAGACGAAUGAGUGACAAUGACUUAAAAACCCACCCGCUUCUGAUCAGUGUCUCGGAUAAUGGAGAACCUUCACUGUCCACGACUCUGAGUGUUGAAGUUGUGGUUGUGGAAAACAUGGACAUCCUGCAGCCUUCACUAAGACAAGUGCCAGUAAAGGAGGAGAAUGUUUCUAAUCUGAAUCUCUAUCUGCUCAUCGCUAUUGUCUCAGUGUCAGUGAUAUUUUUACUGAGCCUCAUCGCUUUAAUAGCAGCUAAAUGCUACGGGACAGACGGUGGGUUCAGCAGGUCCAGCGCUCCAGUGGUCACUACACACCCUGACGGGAGCUGGUCUUACUCCAAAUCCACUCAGCAGUAUGAUGUGUGUUUUAGUUCCGACACACUGAAGAGUGACGUCGUGGUUUUCCCCUCGCCGUUUCCGCCUGCAGACGCAGAGCUGAUCAGCAUUAAUGAAGGAGACACUUUUAACAGGACACAAACUCUUCCUAGUGCUACAAAGGUAAGGGACUCUAAUCUUGUCUGA